UCAACCACAGAAAAAUAGUUUUGAAAAUAUCUUUGCAGCAUACAUGAUCCACCACAAAAAACUUUUGAAAAUAUCUUCACAAUUCACACUAAUGUAACUUUCGGUGGUUUGAUUAUAUUGCAUAUUUUUUUCGAUUAAUCGUGAGUGAUUCAUGACAUCGAUUAGGACUGCCCCCAUAUGCAAACGUUGGUAAAUUGUUCGACUUAAUAUGGCAGUUUCUGAUGCACCUAACAAUUUGUGCUGCAAAUUUUUAUGCUGAAAAGUAACAAAAAUAUGAAUUCUGGAAAACAGAAAUCCCUUGAACUUCCAUGUCUCAUCAAGUAUAUAUCAUCAAAUGAAGAGGUUGGCUUUGGUGAUGCUAAGGAGAUUAGAUCCGAUGAACGUACGCAUUCUGUUGCUAUUAGCAUGCCAACAUCACCAGAGGAAAUCCAUUUGCAGAACAAAAAAAGAAAUCUCUUCAUCGGUGGAAUCCCAGCUUCUUCUGCCACACUUAAAGGUGCUAGCAGCAGCACACUGCCGAAGACAGCAAAAUUUCACCUUCAGCCAAUGGAAAAAAGCUCUGGAUUUGAAGAGGAAAUGAACACUGGGCAUUUCCCUUCUCACCCGAGUAUUGAAAGUUUGAAAGAUAAGAGAUUUGAUACUUUCAAAACAUGGUCCAGAAAACUCGACAGGAAGAUAACGCUUCUCCAUGGAAAUAGACCGGGGGAAACUGAAUCUGAGAAUGUUAAUGGGAAAAUUGAAGAAAUCGAGCGUUUACCUGCAGACCGAUACUUUGAUGCAUUGGAAGGGCCAGAGUUGGAUACUCUUAGGCCUUCAGAGGAAAUACUGCUUCCGGAAGACAAACAGUGGCCAUUUCUUCUUCGGUAUCCAGUUUCUUCGUUUAGCAUCUGCCUCGGCGUUAGCAGCCAAGCAAUUUUGUGGAAGGCCCUGCCUACCUCUGCCUCAAUGAAAUUUCUCCACUUGAGCUUAACAAUAAAUAUAGUUUUGUGGUGCAUUUCAGUUGUCCUUUUAGCUAUUGUUUCUUGCAUCUACCUCGUAAAAGUAGCCCUUUACUUUGAAGCAGUUCGCCGUGAGUACCACCAUCCAAUCCGUAUCAAUUUCUUCUUUGCUCCAUGGAUAGCCCUCUUGUUCUUAGCUCUUGGAGUGCCACCUUCAUUUGCUAACAACCUGCAUCCAUCUCUUUGGUACAUUCUCAUGACUCCGCUUCUAUGUCUCGAGCUUAAAAUCUAUGGACAGUGGAUGUUCGGAGGCCAGCGUAGGCUUUCAAAGGUGGCGAAUCCUUUCAACCAUCUCGCAAUAGCUGGGAACUUUGUGGGGGCGUUGCUUGGUGCAUCAAUGGGACUACAAGAAGGACCAAUAUUCUUCUUUGCUAUAGGGUUUGUUCACUACAUUGUAUUAUUUGUAACUCUCUACCAAAGACUUCCAACAAAUGAUACCGUGAUCCCAAAAGAACUCCAUCCUGUGUUCUUUCUCUUUGUUGCAGCACCAAGUAUAGCUUCAGUAGCAUGGGCAAAAACAGGCUCCUUUGAUCAUGGCUCACGGAUUGCGUACUUCAUUUCCUUGUUCCUUUAUCUCUCACUGGUAGUCCGGGUUAAUUAUUUCCGAGGAUUUAAGUUUUCUAUGGCAUGGUGGGCUUAUACUUUCCCAAUGACUGGUGCUGCCAUUGCAACCAUCAAGUAUUCAGAUGAAGUCACAAAUGUGGUAACACAAGCUCUGGCUGUCAUACUCUCUCUCAUUGCCAUAAUCACAGUCAUUGCUCUUCUCGUAACAACAAUCUUGCAUGGCUUAGUGCUUCAAAACCUCUUCCCUAAUGACAUUGCAAUUGCCAUUAGUGACAGAAAGCCAAACCCUAAUAAGAAGUGGUUUCACGUAAAUGGCUACGAGAACAACGAUUCAGAAGCUGUCAAGAUCGUGACCCAUUUUGAGAUGCAACCCCAAACUUUAGAGAGAAACUUGCAUCGAGAUGCCAUGGUGUAAAAUGUAAUUAGCUGAAAAAUAAAAGGAUCUAUGGUUUUUCAUUUUUUAUACAAGUGAUAUUUGAGUUUAAA